UGGUGCCCGUGGCCGCCGCGGCCUCCGAUCGGCGGGCAACGUUAACCCCUCCGGGAUCGCAGCCGGGGCUUCGCAUUAACGCAAUGCUUUAAGUUUUACAUUUUCUUUCGUUAGUUUGGAGCGGGACAGACGAAUCGGAAUUCCUGAAAUAGAAUUGCACGUCAAUAAUUCCAACCGGUUGUGUACAAAGCGCGCUCCGCGUUAUUUGAAUUAAAUCCUUUUUGCAAAACGAGUCGCUCAGUAAUCUCUGCCCCCCCCCCCCCCCCCAUCGCCCGUCCUUGCUCGGGAGUAGGGUCGCCACAUCAUGUCCAACAGCCCCAAGCCCCGCCUGGUCUCCCUUUCCCAUCGCAAAGUGCCUCUCACCCCGUUCGGAUGCCUCUGGAUUCCGUGUAGCAACCGGUUCGUCUGCUUGGGGACAGCCUCCGGCUCCGGGAUACCGGGCACCGGGAUAAUCGGAGUGUACGGGACAGCGAGCGGGGAGAUCAGAGACGUGCUCACGAUUGAAAAGCCUCGAGCCUUCCGAUGUGGCACAUUCGGAGCUACCAGUCUGCAGCACAGACACCUGGCAACGGGCGACUUUGAUGGCAAUCUCCACAUCUGGAACCUGGAAACACCUGAGGCUCCCCUCUACUCAGCGAAAGCACAUCAAGAAAUCAUUAACUGCAUUGAUGGUGUGGGCGGACUGGGAAUUGGUCAGGGAGCCCCGGAAAUUGUCACCGGAAGCAGGGACGGGACGGUCAAGGUCUGGGACUCCCGGCAGAAGGACCUUCCUGUCGCCAACAUGGAGCCUGCGGGGGGAUUCAACAGGAGAGACUGCUGGACGGUUGCUUUCGGUUACGCGUGCACUCAGUGGGACCGCUGUGUUUGUGCUGGAUACGACAACGGGGACAUAAAACUGUUUGACUUGCGGAACAUGGAGGUUCGCUGGGAGAGAAAUGUCAAGAGUGGGGUGUGCUGCGUGGAGUUUGAUGGGAAGGACACGAGUUUGAAUAAACUGGUGGUGACCACGCUGGAGGGAAGGGUUCACGUCUUCGACAUGCAGAAGUUCAACACUAACAAGGGCCUUUCAUGUCGGAGUGAGAAGCCAUACAAAUUCACAGCUUGGACGGUGAGGCACCUGCCUCAGAAUCGAUCCAUCUUUGUAACAAGCGGAGGAGCUGGCAGUCUGCACCUGUGGAAACACGGUGACUCUUCAACACUGUUUGAAAGGACUGACCAUGAACGAGAGGACAAAGAUUCAACAAGUCCCACCCUCUUGAACAGCAUCUCCCUCUCCUCACAACCCAUUGGGAGCCUGGAUUGGAAUACUGACAAGCAAGGCCUCUGUAUCUCUGCAUCCUUUGACCAUAAAGUCCACAUCGUCAUCGUUGCAGACCAGCAGGGCUUCUAGAUAGAACAAUAGGCAGCUUAGGAGUUGGUGGCAGUUGGAACAAUCUUUAUUACUUGAAGCUUCUUUGCUAAGUUGACAAUGUUUUUUUUGUGAGUGAAAGGCCCUCAGGUGUGAGGUGUCAGAAGUGACAAUACUGUAUUUUGUUAGCAGGAAUUUACACUGUAAAAGAGUUGAGAUGAACUGUAUUUUUCAAUGCAAUGGCUUCUCAUCUCAUGUCACGCUGGUUCCUUGGUUAAAUAAACAA